AUGGCCAAACUCGUUUUUGCAUUAGCAAUCUUGCUUGGAUCAUUAUGCAGUCUCUCUACAAAUGUUUCUGCAUUUACUGCAUCUGGAUGGACUAAAGGUCAUGCCACAUUUUAUGGAGGAAGUGAUGCCUCAGGAACUAUGGGGGGAGCUUGUGGGUACGGUAACCUGUAUUCGACAGGGUAUGGGACUAGGACCGCUGCUUUAAGUACCGCCUUGUUCAACGACGGGGCUUCAUGUGGGCAAUGCUAUAAGAUCAUAUGCGAUUAUAAAACAGAUGCUAGAUGGUGCAAUAAAGGAGUGUCCGUGACAAUCACUGCAACAAACUUUUGUCCUCCUAAUUAUGAUCUUCCAAACAACAAUGGAGGAUGGUGCAACCCACCCCUUCAGCACUUUGACAUGGCUCAGCCUGCUUGGGAAAAGAUUGGGAUUUACAGAGGUGGCAUCGUCCCCGUCUUGUUCCAAAGCACUGUUUUGCUUUCCCAACUAAUCCCAUUCCGUCAAGCGCAUAUUGAUGGGAUUUUGGAUUCAUGUGUGCGUGCAGGGUUCCAUGCAAGAAGCAUGGGGGGUGUGAGGUUCACAAUAAAUGGGAGGGACUACUUUGAGCUUGUUCUGAUCAGCAAUGUAGGAGGAGCUGGAUCUAUUAAGUCUGCAUACGUCAAAGGUUCAAAAACUGGUUGGAUGGCAAUGUCAAGGAAUUGGGGAGCAAACUGGCAGUCCAAUGCCUACCUCAAUGGCCAAUCUCUGUCCUUCAGAAUCACCACCACGGAUGGAGAAACUCAACUCUUUCAGAACAUUGUGUCUUCCAGUUGGAGCUUCGGCCAAACUUUCUCCAGCAGAGUGCAAUUCUCAUAA